AGGCGUCCGGGAAGCUUCGAUUGAAAAACUCGAAAAGAAUAGCUUAACAAAGGUCGACAUUUUUGUGUAAUUGUUCGGUGAAGAAAAGAAAUGUAAAAGCGCAUUAAAAAGACUUCUAAACGAACAGCGCGUGCCAUUUCCCAGGGCUUUCUCUCAGGCCUUCCCUCUCCAUCUCUCUCUCGCAGCGCUUCCAGUGAGAAAUCAAAGUCGAUCGUUGAUAUUUUGACGUUGGUUUGUGCCUCUUACUCUUAGUUGUUUCGUGCUCUCCCAACAAACAACCAGCCGAAUUUUCAAGUUUGUCGACGCGUCUCCUUCGAAAUCAAUAACACGCUGACUGUCGGGUGUGCGAUUGAUUAACAUCACUUUAAUAUAUUUAAAUUUUAUGAAUUUUCACAUACAUACAUAUACAUAUGUAACUGUGAACAGUGCGUUCGUGUGGCGCCUCAAACGAAUUGCUCUUAUUGCUGCAAUUAUCAGAGUGCUAAAUCGGUGCACAUAUAUGUACAUAAGAUAUGUAUAUUCUAAUUUAACCCACUGCCAAGUCAAAGUGAGUGCCUGUGUGUGUGAUUUAUCCCCAGCAGACGCAUGAAUCACAAGAGAUAUCUGUACCGUUAGCAUUUGGAGCCAGCAAGGUUUCAGCCGUGACUUUUGAUUUCUGAUAUCGCUGAAUACCCCACAGAUGAUGUAUACCGGCCAACACACUUCAGUGGCUAUGUCAAUAGUGGCUACGAUGAUCUAGAUAGUUCCUAUUACUUCUCCCAAUUUGAGGCCAUGGCAGAGGUUCGCGCAGGUGGCGCUGGAGCGGUUCUGCCGCCCUACACGACCGACUCGGACAUCGAGAAGGGAAGUCGAGGCAGUCGGGAGGCUGAUGCCUCGGCGGAGGACUCCAACAACGAGGAGGAUGAGGAGGUCUUCCGGGACUGCACGGACGAUGCGGUGGCUGAGCAUCAAAGCCGAUGCCUGCCAGAGUUCCAGUUCUCGCUGGUCGACUCCGAAUAUGAUGAGACACUGGCCUUUCCCGACUCUGUGACCAUUCUGUCGAAUGUGGGGGACAAGCCGGUCCUGGUGGAGCGCAAGGAGACGGACGACGACGAUGAGGAGUUCGAUGACGAGGAGAAUAACAGCGUGGUGCUGCGCCACGAGAUCCCCUUCACCAGCAUUUAUGGUCCGAGUGUCAAGUUCAACUCCUUUCAGCGCAAAGUCUUUAUCCCUGGCCGAGAAAUUCACGUCCGGAUCGUUGAUACUGAGCGCAGCGUCACAACACAUCUCCUCAAUCCUAAUUUGUAUACCAUCGAGCUGACUCAUGGCCCUUUCAAGUGGACCAUUAAGCGGCGUUAUAAGCAUUUCAACUCACUGCACCAACAGCUAAGCUUCUUCCGUACAUCCCUCAACAUUCCCUUUCCCAGUCGCAGUCACAAGGAGAAGCGAACAACGCUCAAGGCCACCGCCAGUCAAUUGGCCGAUGAGUCCACUCUUAAGGACCUGCCCGCCCACACCAAGGUCAAGCAGUCCAGCACCCCGUUGAGUGGUCAGGGUCACAACAACAACAAUGGCUCCGGCAGCAAUGCCAUGGCCAUCAUCAGUCCCAGUCACAGUUCCAUUCUGGCCGGACUCACACCCCGGCGCAUCCAGAAGAAGCGCAAGAAGAAAAAGAAACGGAAGCUGCCACGAUUUCCCAACCGACCAGAGAGCCUCGUCACAGUGGAGAAUCUGGCCGUGAGGAUCAAGCAGUUGGAGGACUAUCUGUAUAAUCUGCUGAACAUCAGUCUUUAUCGAUCCCACCACGAAACGCUGAACUUUGUGGAAGUUUCCAACGUGUCCUUUGUGCCCGGCAUGGGCAUCAAGGGCAAGGAGGGCGUGAUCCUGAAGCGGACGGGUUCGACAAGACCCGGCCAGGCGGGAUGCAACUUCUUUGGCUGCUUCCAAAAGAACUGCUGCGUACGUUGCAACUACUUCUGCUCGGAUGUGGUGUGUGGAACGUGGCGCAGUCGUUGGUUCUUUGUGAAGGAGACCUGCUUCGGCUACGUACGUCCAACGGAUGGCAGCAUCCGUGCGGUGAUCCUGUUCGACCAGGGCUUUGACGUGUCCACGGGCAUCUACCAGACGGGCAUGCGCAAGGGUCUUCAGGUGCUGACCAACAACCGGCACAUCGUACUCAAGUGCUGGACACGGCGAAAGUGCAAGGAAUGGAUGCAGUACCUCAAGCACACGGCCAACUCGUACUCGAGGGACUUCACACUGCCGAACCCUCACAUGUCCUAUGCCCCGAUGCGUGCCAAUACACAGGCCUCGUGGUAUGUGGACGGUGCCCAGUACAUGUCGGCCGUGGCCGAUGGCUUGGAAGCCGCCACCGAGGAGAUCUACAUCGCCGACUGGUGGCUCAGCCCCGAGAUCUAUAUGAAACGACCGGCGCUAGACGGCGACUAUUGGCGCCUGGAUAAGAUCCUGCUGCGCAAGGCUGAGCAGGGUGUGCGCGUCUUUGUGCUGCUGUACAAGGAGGUGGAAAUGGCCCUGGGCAUCAACAGCUACUACAGUAAGUCCACCCUGGCCAAGCAUGACAACAUCAAGGUGAUGCGACAUCCGGAUCACGCUAGAGGAGGCAUCUUGCUUUGGGCUCAUCACGAGAAGAUCGUGGUCAUUGAUCAGACCUAUGCCUUCAUGGGGGGCAUUGACCUUUGCUACGGCCGCUGGGAUGAUCACCACCAUCGGCUCACAGAUCUGGGCAGCAUCUCUACAGCAUCCGUCUCGGGAAGUACACGUCGCACGCCCAGCCUCUAUUUCAGCAAGGAUGACACGGACUCUGCCUUUGGAUCGCGCAAGUCCUCCCGCAAUGCCAACUACGAGACAUCCACCACUAAGGAGCGAUCGUCUUCGCCGUCGCCUAAUGAGCCCAGUACCAGCAUCGAGUUGAGGACUCUGAAGCCCGGUGAUCGCCUGCUGAUACCCUCGAUGCUUGUGUCAAGUCCGGGAGAUACGCCAGGGGAGUCGAGCAUUGCCUUGGAGGGUAUGAAACUGAAUACCCCAGAGAUGGAACGGAAGAACAUGCUGGAUCGUCUCAAGAACAAUGCCAUGAAGGGCGCCCGUAUGGGCAAGGACUUUAUGCACCGUCUUACUGCCACUGAGGCGGCGGAGGAUAAGCCGGACGAGGUGUACACCGUUGAGUCCCACGAUGUAACGGACCACGAAGAGUCAUUUAGGUCCGCUUCACAUGACAAGGAGGAGGUGACGGUUGCCGCAAGCAGCACGCAAAUACUCAGCGAGUUCUACGGUCAGGCCAAGUAUUGGUUCGGCAAGGACUACUCCAACUUCAUACUCAAGGACUGGAUGAAUCUGAACUCGCCGUUUGUUGACAUCAUCGAUCGCACCACCACGCCGCGGAUGCCUUGGCAUGAUGUGGGUCUCUGCGUGGUCGGCGCAUCCGCCAGGGAUGUUGCUCGCCACUUUAUUCAGCGCUGGAACGCCAUGAAGCUUGAGAAGCUGCGGGAUAAUUCGCGUUUCCCCUACCUGAUGCCCAAGAGCUACCACCAGGUGAGACUGAACUCCCACCUGCAGCAAUUGCAGCAGCGCCGCCAGCAGCGAGUCACCUGCCAGUUGCUGCGCAGCGUCUCGGCCUGGAGCUGUGGCUUCAUCGAGGCGGACCUGGUGGAGCAGUCCAUUCACGAUGCGUACAUCCAGACCAUCACCAAGGCGCAGCACUAUGUGUACAUCGAGAAUCAGUUCUUCAUCACCAUGCAGCUGGGCAUGGGCGUUCCGGGAUCACACAACAAUGUCCGGAACCAGAUCGGCGAGACCCUUUUCAAGAGGAUCGUGCGGGCGCACAAGGAACGAAAGGCGUUCCGUGUGUAUGUGAUAAUGCCGCUGCUGCCGGGUUUUGAAGGUGAUGUGGGUGGUAGUACGGGAAUUGCCGUCCGGGCUAUCACCCACUGGAACUAUGCCUCAAUUUCCAGGGGUCGCACUGCCAUUUUGACACGCCUCCAAGAGGCAGGUGUGGCCGAGCCACAGAACUACAUCUCCUUCCACAGUCUGCGCAAUCACUCCUUCCUGAACAACACACCCAUCACGGAACUGAUCUAUGUGCACUCAAAACUGCUGAUUGCCGACGAUCGUGUCGUUAUAUGUGGCUCGGCGAACAUCAAUGACCGCUCUAUGAUUGGGAAGCGGGACUCGGAGAUUGCGGCCAUCAUCAUGGACGAGGAGUUCGAGGACGGUCGCAUGAACGGCAAAAAGUAUCCCAGCGGAGUUUUUGCCGGACGUCUGCGCAAAUAUCUCUUCAAGGAGCAUUUGGGCCUUUUGGAGGAGGGUUCAAGCCGAUCUGAACUGGACACCAGCGAUCCCGUCUGCGACAAGUUUUGGCAUGGCACUUGGCGCCGGAUCUCCACACGGAACACUGAGAUCUACGACGAGGUGUUCAAGUGUAUUCCCACGGAUUUUGUCAAGACAUUUGCCAGUCUGCGCAAGUAUCAAGAGGAGCCGCCGCUGGCCAAAACGGAGCCAGAAUUGGCGGCAAACAGAGCCAACGAAAUUCAGGGAUACUUGGUGAACUUGCCUUUGGAGUUCCUCAACAAGGAAGUGCUCACACCGCCUGGGACCAGCAAGGAGGGCCUCAUUCCCACCUCCGUUUGGACAUGAUACGCAUCCGUAAGAUGGAGAAAUGGAGAGAGAAUCCUACCUCUGUAUGACUUGGUCUGCCAAAUUUUUCUUUUAACGUUUAAAAAAAACCCCACCAAAUGCGCUUAACCUAAACUUGAACGCUUUGUCAUUGCCAAGUCGUGAGCUUUGUAUAUUGUAUAUAGUAUAUCCAUAAAUGCCUUAGGUACUACCAACUAGUUAAUAAUUUAUUUUACGCUGUUUGUCUAUCCACAUGUGCUCAAGCCUAGUUCUUAGACCAUAAUUGUUAUUCUUUUGUACGAUGUUUAAAGCAGUAUUUUAGAAUGUUUUACACAAGUUUAUUAAAGUGAUAUGGAGUGCAAAUGAACUAAUGUUGUUAAGCAAAGAAUUACCAAGGGUAAUAAAACAAUAAGUUUGCAAAUA